GUGCCGCCCGUGGGCCGGCCAGGAGGACCCCGUGCGCCGGGAAGCUUCCAGUCGCCAAGAGGGUGUGGUAGUGAGAGGGUCACUCUGCCCCGGGAUAUACUUUAUAUUUGUGUAUAUAGCACCUAUUUUAUAAAACGGACACAAUGGGAGAUAAGGAAGAACAGGUACAGAGGGCCAAGCUCGCCGAGCAGGCAGAGAGAUACGAUGAUAUGGCCGCCGCUAUGAAGCAGGUCACAGAAACAGGGGUGGAGCUUUCCAAUGAGGAGCGAAAUCUGUUGUCUGUAGCAUACAAGAAUGUGGUCGGUGCCCGGAGAAGUUCCUGGCGAGUUAUUUCCUCCAUAGAACAGAAGACAGAAGGUUCAGAACGAAAGCAACAAAUGGCAAAGGAGUACAGAGAGAAGGUUGAAACAGAGCUUAGGGAAAUUUGCCAGGACGUUUUGGGUCUCCUCGACAAGUUCCUUAUCCCCAAGGCCUCAAAUCCUGAGUCUAAGGUCUUCUACCUUAAGAUGAAGGGCGACUACUAUAGGUACCUGGCUGAGGUGGCCACUGGCGACGUUCGAGCGGUUGUGGUUGACGACUCCCAGAAGUCAUAUCAGGAGGCCUUCGACAUCGCCAAGUCAAAGAUGCAGCCCACGCAUCCCAUCAGGCUAGGCCUGGCCCUCAACUUCUCCGUAUUCUACUACGAGAUUCUCAAUUCUCCCGACAGAGCGUGUCACUUAGCUAAACAGGCAUUCGACGAUGCAAUCGCGGAGCUGGAUACGCUGAAUGAAGACUCGUACAAAGACUCUACGCUCAUAAUGCAGCUGUUGCGAGACAACCUGACGCUUUGGACGAGUGAUACGCAGGGGGAGGGGGAAGAUGCUAACGAAGGGGGCGACCAAAACUGAUGAACGCAACCCCUUUUAGCACGCGUCACUCGACCCUCUACACUCCGAAUGUACGUCAUGAUGCCUAAGGGUCGACCAUUCCUCACAAGUCACUCAUCACACCGCCAGCGUGGCUAACUAGUAGUCGAGGCUGCGGCUGGGAGCUCCUCAGUGACGCUACUUCGCCCACCAUCCUGGUACUCAUGGCCGUCACCACCACGGUCACCCCACGGCCUCUCUGCUGCCUCAGUUAAAAACGAAAACGAAAAAAAAAAGACCGCUCGAACUGGAUGGCUCGAUAAGUCUUUAAGUUUCCUUUUUCCCCAGUGCAUUUGUGACUCACCACCAUUGAGGAGCAGUCCCGGCUGGUAGGUUAUCAAUCUUUGCACAGGCUACCCGGCGAGUGUGUCUGCUCUCCCCUCCACCAUCCCAGAGACAAGUGACAAACAGUGGGACUUCCGGAGCUCUCUGGACCAGCGUAGAGAGACUGUUUUGAUAGUGUGAAACAACGCUUGGGUCGGCUGGCCGUUUUUCCCUCGGGGGGAGGGGGCGGCCGGCCAGACUGCAUUACUUACUAUUGCUAAAUGAACCACUUAGCAUUUUGUACUUCCCAUGGGGUGGGGCUCCUCGAUCCCACCUCUUUGUAUGUAUCGUUGCGUAUCGACAGUCAGAGAAUGAAACCAACAAGUAUGAAGAGAUUGUUAUUGUAUUAACCGGUGAGUCAUGUGGUUGUAGCAGACAAAUUUAACAACGCACAUCUUGAUCAGAUAAUUCCAUAAGCAUUUGUGACAAAUUGCCUUGCUGAAUUGGAACAAGUUACAACCCGUUGAUUCACUGUAUAUUUAAGAUACUGUAUUACCUAUUGGUUUAUUAGAUGUGACCCCCUUCAAAAUUUGAGCUGAUUUUCUGUUAUGUCGUGGCCAGUUGGUGUCUACAAAGAUCAAUAAUUGCGGUAGAUAAAUGACUUCGUUGGAUGUAAGCAUGGAGUAAUGAUGGAAGUAUUUGAUUUAUUUGAAGUAAAUUCUCACGUCGCUCUUGAGAAGUGAUCGGCGUUCAGGUGAGUUACCAAGCGGGAAUGGGAAGCAAUUUAAUUCACCAUUCGGGCAGGAUUUUAAUUGGCAGUUAGUGAACCACCCUGAAAUCCCUAUAAACAUUGAAAUAAUCAGCUGCAGCAGACUGAGCCAACGUCACCACCACCAACGUCCCACCUCUCCUGACGCAGACCGUUCUCAUCUGCUUGUUUAAUUAAACGAAAAUCAACUGAGGAGCUUUGUUUUCUCUGGGUUUGUACUUAUCUUCCUAUUGAUUUGUCAUUAAGCAGGACACAAGGUGUUCCAACAACCUGGGCGAGCUUUGGUUUGCCGUAAGAUGCAUCGUGUUGAUGCGUAACUAUUCCCCAAUUACGUGGUCUCGCGCAUUGAAGGUAUCGAUCCUACCUCCUCCGGUACAUUGGUGAUAAACGUUUAACCAGAGUCGAGCGUGAAUAGCGCUUGGAUUAGACUGCCAAAUAAAAGAAAGAUGUAUUAAGAUGUAAUAUGUUUUGGUGGUAGUUUAGUUCAAAAUUAACCGUUGAAAAAUUCUCGCCCCCCAUUGUCAAAAUUGCUUUCCUAAAUCGUAAUAAACGUUUCAUAUAUAUUUA